GCAGCGGUCAAUUCUUGGAUAAAAGCUAUGGUAUUUGAGCUCGCUCAGCACAUAGCUUUCUCCCACUUCAUAGGGAAUGAGCUGGUCUGUCUUUGCUCACUAUGUCCACCUGCAUUUCGUUAAAGAUCAGAAUAUGCACAUGCCACACCACAAGAGCCCCACAGUGACAUAACUCUAUUCAGACUGGCGUGACUGUGCUGGUCCCCCCACCCUCCUCAGCUCUUGUAUCACUAAGAAUCUGGCAGUCAGUUCCGUCCUAACAAGAGUUCACAGCAUAUAUUGGUGGAUUCUUGUCCAUAGUGCAUCUGCUUUAAGAAUUAACAAAAGCAGUAUCAAGACAGUAAGGAUUCAAAACACUUGCUGAAAAUGAAUCUAGGUGCACUAAUUUUCUUCUUGGCAUUGACUAGCAGUGCCAAUGGGCACUACUACGAUUAUGAUUACUACCCCGCUUUUUUGCGUUCCUCACCAAACUGUGCACCAGAAUGCAACUGCCCAGAGAGCUACCCAACUGCCAUGUACUGCGAUAAGCUGAAGCUGAAAAGUGUACCAAUUAUUCCUCCUGGAAUCAAGUACCUUUAUCUUAGGAAUAACCAGAUUGAUCGUAUUGAUGAAAAGGCCUUUGAGAACGUAACUGAUCUGCAGUGGCUUAUUUUAGAUCACAAUCUUCUAGAAAACUCCAAGAUAAAAGGCAAAGUUUUCUCUAAACUGAAACAACUGAAGAAGCUGCAUAUAAACUACAACAAUCUGACAGAGUCUGUCAGCCCACUUCCCAAAACGCUGGAGGAUCUGCAGCUUACUAAUAACAAGAUCACGAAGCUUGGCUCCUUUGAAGGACUGGUAAACUUGACCUUUAUCCACCUUCAACACAAUCAGCUGAAAGAGGAAGCCAUUUCUGCUGCUUUGAGAGGUCUUAAGUCACUUGAGUACCUUGACUUGAGUUUCAACCAGUUGGCCAAGCUCCCAUCUGGCCUCCCUGUGUCUCUUCUAACUCUGUACCUAGACAACAAUCAGAUUAAAAAUAUCCCUGAUGAGUAUUUUAAGCGUUUUAAUGCACUGCAAUACCUGCGUUUAUCUCACAAUGAACUGGCUGAUAGUGGGAUCCCUGGAAAUACUUUUAAUAUAUCAUCCCUCCUUGAGCUGGAUCUCUCCUAUAAUAAGCUUAAAAGUAUACCAAAUGUCAAUGAAAACCUUGAAAACUAUUACUUGGAGGUCAAUGAACUUGAAAAGUUUGAUGUAAAGAGCUUCUGUAAAAUUCUGGGACCAUUGUCCUACUCCAAGAUCAAACAUUUGCGCUUGGAUGGCAAUCUCUUAACUCAAAGCAGCCUGCCACCUGAUAUGUACGAAUGUCUACGUGUAUUGAAUGAAAUCACCAUUACUUAAUAUCUGGUAAUUCCAACUAUAUUGAGGUAUAUCAAUAUAGGAGUGAUACUUCAUGGUUACUUUUUUGUGUGUAAGGUUUUCAUAGUAUCCAAUUUUGUUGCUGUUUAUUAAUUCCAUUUAUUUUAAAUUCUGAGGGAAAAUGUUUUGUAAACAUUUCCUACUUUUAUUUUAAAAGAUGAAAAGCAGGCCUAUUUCAUCAAAAGAACACACAUACACACACACACACACACACACACAUACAAAUAGACAUGAAAUUCAAUAGUUUGUUUGUCAAUGUAUUGUUUAUUGUAUCUUUACUGUCCAAAGGCUUGCAAAGCCUUUUACAUCUAGCAUGGAAGUCAGCCGAGUUUUAUAACCUCUAAGUGGUAAGUUAAUGUACUCAAAUAGUGUCCUAAAUGGAUAUUUUCCACCUUGACCCAGAUUUUCUUACUAUGUUCAAAUUUGUUUUGUUGAAAAAUAGGUGGCAGAAUCUGAGUCAGUAAUUUUGCAAAAUGCUAAACAAAAUUCAUGAAGCAAUUUGCACCUGAACAAUUAUUUGAAGUAUUAAGAAUUUACUUACAUAGCAAAACAUUUCUACAAUUAUUUUUAUUCUGUCAUAUAUGUUUCUUUUUGAUUAUUUGCAUGUUGUGUUUAACAAGCUAAUAGCAAAAUAAAACAUAGCAAAUGGCAUCACUGUUAGACUUCUUGUGAAAUUCAUGUCUCUCAUUUAUAAAAUACAUAAAUGAAUACAUUAAAGUUCAAAAGACAUCUUUAGCCUGAAAUAUUUUACCAAUGGGAACACAGGAUUUCACACUAAAUUUAUGUCUUCUUCUAGAAUCCACUUACAGGGAUUAUGUACAUCUGAUUAUAUGUGCACUAGUCACACAACUUGCUUAGAUUUUCUUCUACUCCCAUUCUUGUCAUUUUUACAAGUUAGAAACUAUUAUUCCAUUAAACAAGAAGCUAUUAUAAGAUCUUAGCAAUAGAGCACUAUUUGGUUGGUAAAUAAAAAUGUUUGAGAACUCCAAUUGGGACUUUAAAAAUUAUUACAAAAAUACACAGCAUCCUGAACCCAGUGCAUUUGGAACAUAUGUUCUGAAUUUAUAAUCCAUUAAUAACUGUUUUUAGCUUUCUAUAUUCUGGGUAUCCAUGACUCUAUACAAUGGGAUAUAGGACAUAUAAUUUAUGAAAAUAAUUUCUAUUUUUAGCUAGUUAAUAAUAAAGUCCAAGAUCAGUGAUUAUAUAGUGAGUUAUGAGUCAAAAGCAAAAGAAGCAUCUCUCCAAAGCUUGAUAUGUUUUAACAGAACCUUUUCAAUGAACUCUACCUUAUGGUAAAAUAUUUUGUUACCAAAGGACCAUCAUAAAAUAAAACUGAGUUGACUGGCAGAUGUGUGAAAUGUACCUUACAUUAGAUAAACUGCAUAUUUUUGAUUCUCAUGGUGUUUUUUUUUAACAUAAAGUUAAAUUCUUUGA